CGGGACGCUUCCUUCUACUUGCUUGCCACACUGCGAAUGCCCGUGUGACGUCUCCGAUCACUGCACCGAAUUUGGGAUCAUCGUCCCGUCACCACUCCAGAUCGGAACCAAGGACAUGGAACUCAUGGAACUUGUGGAUCAUGAGCCUACGGCUCGUCCCUUUCGGUGUGACUGGCACUCGUGCAACAAAAGUUUCAAUCGCAAGUCGGAUUUGCAGAGGCAUUACCGUAUCCACACAAAUGAGAGGCCAUACGCGUGCUCCAAACCAGGCUGUGGUAAAAGCUUCAUUCAGAGAAGCGCCCUGACUGUCCAUAUUCGUACCCAUACCGGAGAAAAGCCGCACCAAUGCCAACAUGUAGGCUGCGGCAAACGCUUCUCUGACUCAUCUAGUCUUGCCCGUCAUCGCCGUAUCCAUACCGGCAAACGCCCGUACAAAUGUGCUCACGAAGGCUGUUUGAAAAGCUUCUGUCGUAAAACCACGAUGGUCAAGCACCAAAGACGGUCCCAUCAGCGAGGCUUACAUCCCAGCGAAAUCGAUGACUGUACGUCCGAUUCGGACAGUGGCGAAUCUCCCUCGACCCCUAAGCACCCUGGCCUACAAUGGUCUCCCCAAGAGGUCAUGCCCAUGCACCACGGUUCCAUGCCACACAGCCACACGUUGCAUCGCGCUGCAUCAUUUGCCGACUUUGGCCAACAAAUAAACUACUCCAUGCAGCCUCCGGAACCACAAUUCGUUCAUCGACAUAGUAUUGCGUCCGGCAAUCCCCAUGACUACCACCCCCACGCCGUCCCAGAACAUCAGCCGUCACACACAAGCGUACACAUGCUCCAUCGGACCGCGAGUAUGCCGCAUCAUCCCUAUUACGUGACUGAACACAGCAAUCCCGGGGUCGCAACGAUGAAUACCAAUGCUGUGCCUCCCCGGUAUCCCGACCAAAGACACCCUGAGCGGCCCAUGCUGGAGAUCCCUUACACGGGUUCCAACAUGAGCCAUUCCCUCCAGAGUAGCCCAAGCGGGUUUUCAGCAGCUUCGGGCGGCAGUCCUUCCACACACGAAGGGUUUUACGCCCAGCAGCAAACACAGACGGCUGCCUUCGCACUGAACAGUGCCGGCUCUGGUGCCUCGGAUGACCAGCACCAUCCACAUCAGGGCACUUCGCCGCAACACCCACACACAACUGUCGUCCAAUACCAGCAGCAGCCGACGCAACAACCAGCAUGCCAACAGCCAGUCCACACCACAUCCCAGACGGGUCAGACUCAACCCCCUGCCCCGCAACCUCAACCUGUACAGCAGGUCCCACAGCAUGUCCAGGAAGUUCAGCACGUUGCCCAGGCAUACCCCUCCCCACCCCCUCAGCAGCAGGCUGAAGAUUAUUGGCAUGGCCUUCCAUACCAAACGCCGGUGGAGGUGGCAACCAUCGGCUCGCUUCCGGCUUUUGGAUCGGGUACCUACGACAUCUGGGGGCCCAAAAUAGAAUUCGAAGAUCCAUCGAUGCAACUUCCGAGUGCUCGGAUCGCGACCCUUUAACGAACAAACAGUCUUUUCCCGACUUUUGUACUCUCCGUCUAUCUUGUGUCGCUUUGCUUAUAGCAUAUCAUUAUUCUGUUUUGCAGGCCUCCUUUCACGGGGCAUUCCUGCGUGUA